AUCAAUUAGAUAUACAUAAAGCUGUAUAUUUAUAGGAAAACCAAACACUGAUGAGUUGUUUUUAUAAAAUGUUUCAGUGGAGUAUUCUUUUGCUUGAAAUAGUCUUGUUGGUAGUAGGCUAUACUUUACAAACAUCCUAGAACUUUUCUCCAAAAUAUCUGCUGUCAUACGGGAUACUAUGUAUUUUCCCUUCCUGCUGAAUGUCCUUGUAAAUAGAACAGGUGAUAGACAGGUCAGGUGUCCAGGGUGUACCCUGCCUCUCGCCCCAUGACCACUGGCACCAAUUUAAUACAAAAGGUUGAAAUUGUUGAUCAUUAACUGGCAGAAUUAAAAAAAAAAAAAAAACACGCUAAAGAUGUAGCAGACAGACACUUUAAUAUCCCUGCUAACUUCUCAUGUAGAAAGCUAAAUAAAAAUAUGCUAAUUAGAUUACAAAUCAGUUCUGACAUUUGGGUUUUUCUUUUGGUGCAAGUAAACCUGGAGGUCCAUGUUUGUGUGGAGUCUGUGUGCUCUUCUUGUGUACGGCUGGAUUUUCUCUGGGAACUCCUGCUUCCUUUCACCAUUCUACCUUUCAGGUAGACCACAAAGAAGAAAACACAAGUCCAACACGUCUUCGACCAAAUGCAGUGCUUCACUGCCCAGUGCUCAGGGAGCCUCCGUGUCUCAUCCAGUGGCCCCUGAAGAAGACAGCAUGAAGAUAAAGGUGUCAUCAGCUGCUGAGCACUGUGUCCACAGAAAACACCAGCACAGACACAGAACAGCUCCCCUCUGUCACAGCCUGCCUCAUUCCAGUCCUGACCAGCAGGGGGAGCUCUCAGCCAAGCAGGAGGGAGGAGAGCUGAGCAGCCCCCCUCAGCAGGACAGUGACACAGACUUGUCUGAUUCAGAAAGACUUCCCCUGUCCUCCUGUCCAGUCGCCUCACACCUUGAGCUGAGGCCCGAGGUCAUCGAGGAUGAAGAGCCCGGCUCCCACAGCCUGAGAGACAGAGGACGGAACCACGCACAGUUUGACUUCUCAGACUUUCUCCCUCCACCGUUUAAUUCAUGGAGCCUCAGUCAGCUGGCUGUGUUCUACAACACGGAGGGCGUAGGGGCCCCUCGGCCCAGGCCUGUGGGGGCUUUGGAGAGGUACCUGGAGAGGUUGCUGCAGCUGGAGUGGUACCAGAUCCAGACCGUCCUGGUGGAUCAUGGGACGCAGGAGGCGUCAGGAUUGAUAUCCAGCUGUCAGAGGUCGACUGCUGCUGCCCCAUCACGCCUCAGUUCUCCCAAAUGCAUCCUCCAGUGCCAGCGUGCCUUCCCCCUCACCUUCCUGCCGUCGCUGGCCUGUCACUCGGCCCUGCUGUCCGCAUGUGCCUGCGCUCUCUGCCGGAUCUGCAGUUCCACAUGUAACCGCUCCAUCCACAGCCACAGUCAUCAGUCCAGGCUGAGUCCCAUGCUGCAUUGCAACAGAGGCGCCAGGCCAUUCCCUAGAAGGAGCUACAGCGAGAGCCGGGUCCACUCCACAGACAGGACGCUCAGAAAUCAGACGUCCGUCAGCCCCACAAGGACUAACAGCUACUUAAGAAGGAUGCAGGCUUCAGGAAACAUCCGCCAUCCCAUCCAAGGUGCUUCAGGGAGGUCCCAUUCCUCUGCCAGGGGCUGUAACUGGGCUGAGAGGGGAAACGGGUCAGACCGUACAGUGGGAGUUCUCAGGAAGAGGAGCGGCUCUGAGCAGGGGAGAGGAGGAGGAGAGAGGCAACAGAAUGGAUCAGAAAAGGGCUGGAGCAGUUCCCCAUGCAGGAAAGGAAGAGCUGAGCGGGGCAGAGCAGUGAACUGCACCGAACAAGAGAUCAAGCCCGAUGCCGUCACUGCAAUUCUAGAUCAUUUACCUGGCUCUGGAUAUUCCCCUGUCCAGAGGCCCGUCAGAGCCAAACAGGUUGGCUUUGUUACAUAACAGCAAGCUGAGUGUGUGGUCAGGCACUCACAUCACUCAAAGACCUCAUGUGUCAUUUCAGUUUCUAGACAGGAGUUCAUGAAGCAUCUUUGCCGUCGAUACAAACCCAUCGUUCCUCUCAGAUACGCUGCGACAUCAUCAGUGUUUACAGCAACGUUUGUCACAGCGCACAGGAAUGCACCUCUAAAACGCCCAGGAUCUCAGUCAGUCAGCUACACUGCCUUACAAACGGGUUCAUACCCUUCAACUGUUUUAUAUUUUUGCCACAUUACACACAGAAGCUUCAGUGUAUUUUAUUGACAUUUUUGUGGUAGACCAACACAAAGCAGGGAUUCUUUCUUCGAGCUGUGUUGUAGAGGGAAAGUUAUACAGGGUUUUAAUUUUUUUUACACAGAAAAAAGUCUUAUUUGGAUUCAACCCCACGAGUCUGCAGGUCUCUAUCAGCUUUAAAGAGAUACAGAUUGAAUAUUUGCCCCUUGCUAUUUGCCAGCAGAGGUGCUACCAGGAAUUUUUGGCCCCAUGACAAAAAAUUCUAAAUCAUUCCAAAAGCUCAUAUAAAGAUGUACAUUUUCUUUUUGGGGCCCCUGUCAGUCAGGGGCCCUUGGAAUUGUCAAAUAGCUGAAUCUCAGCCAGACUGGAUGGAGAGCUUCUGGGAACAUUGAUUUUUAAAACUUGAUUUAUGUCUGAAGUUUGAC